AUGGCUACAUUUCAUGCCAAACCAAAAUGUGUUGUGAUUUUUCUAGCACUAGUUGCCUUCAAUGGCUCCCUUGUAUCUCAUUGCAGGCAAAUAAAACCAUUGAAUCAGCAUUCCUCGAAAAAGGACACUGUAGAGCUGGACAACAAUCCAUCCCCUCUUCUUAAAGCCAGUGCUAUUAUUCCUACUACAUCAUCAGAGAAUAAGAAAGUUGACUCAUUCGUGAUAUCAAAAGAUGAUGUUGAAGGUUUAGGAGACACAAAUGCUUUUCGACCCACAACACCAGGGAGCAGUCCUGGUGUAGGUCACCGAAAAUUUGCAGCAGAAGGUAAAGAUAUGAAAGCAACUGUAGCAGUUCAAAGCCCUGAUGUUAAAGUUCACUUUACUGAGGGCACAGAAAGUGGUUUCAAGCCUACAAACCCUGGCCAUAGUCCAGGUGUUGGUCAUGCUCAGCAAAACCAAAUUGGGCAGUAA